AUGCAUGUAGUGCUUAUAAUACUGGCGUACCUCAUCGAACUUUCUACAAUGAAGACAAAGCAGCCAUGCAAAUCUUGGCCAUCCUACGGCCUAUGUCCCUAUCAACCAGUUCCGGCUCAUAUUGGCACAGUUUUCGAUGCAACAGUUGAUGAGAACUGUAUGGACAAAGAUGGCAAAAAGCGAUUUAUCCCUUGUAAAUUUUCUGCUGAUUAUUCUUGCAUAGUAGUGUUUUUUGAUCGAGAUUAUAUUUUGGCUGGAUGUAUUAGCGAUAGCGGAGUUAAACUUAUAAAAGAACCGUCUCUUGAAAAUGACACAGAGAAGGUCGGAGUUGAGAAUAUUGACCUGUACACCAUUAACAGAAAGUGCUUGAACACUCCUGGUUGUGCUCGUGCCAAAGUGUCAAGACUUGGUUCACGCUCAGUUAUGAUGCUUGAAGCUUGCUGCUGCAAAAGUGAACACUGCGUUAAUCUGGAUGCGUACGUUCAUGCCGUGACCAAUGCAACCGCAUUAACAGACGCGGUAUUUUAA